UGGACAUAACAAGUUAGUACCUUUGCCUGGAUUUCUACUCUUGGACGUUUGCAAAUGAGGAUUUGACAGCUUGGAAAUAUUCAGGUUUCCUGAGGAGACUGGAUGAAACCUGUGGCAGGAGGUGUGACGGAAGUUGGAUUAAAUCAGGAAGGAUAGAUAUCCAUUGUUGGAACCUUUUUUUUUUUUUAAAGGACCAAUGGGUGCUAAAUUCACCAUUUGCUGCUGUCACUACUAUCUGAAACACAACAGAGAAGAGAAGAGCGCCAUUUUGCGCAUGCGCACCACCACAGCUCCCAGGCGACCAGAUCUGUUAUCCAGCGAGUCCAGCGACAGUGACACAGAAGAGGAGAGCCUCUUUGGCCCACAGCCUUCGAAAAGGAGCCCGCGGAGCAACAAGCAAGGCCAAAGGAGCACAGCUGAGCCCUGGGCCAGCACAAACACACGCCGUGAUUCUCCCAUCAGGCGAGGAUCGGACAGAGAGCUACAGGCUUUUAUCAGCAUGAGAGACCAGGCUGACAAGGCCACAGAGGAAUGGGAGAAGCUGAAUUAUGACAUACACACUUUGCGCUAUGCAAGACGAGAAGUCAGAGCUCGAUGGAAGAAAAUCUUGUUGCAGCUAGGUUAUCAGCGUGAGGUGGAUUCCUUGCUGUGUGUUAACAGACAGAGCCGGUUCAGUCGAGAUCAGGAGCAUAAUAACAGAUCUACCGAACUGUUGAAACAGCUGCUGGACCACACCUCUCUCUUCCCUCCUGGGACAGGACCCCAGACCAGAUACCUCUAUGUUAUGGACUGCCUGGUGUCACUGGACAGUGCUGAGGACUUUGUCAGACUGGCCAAAGAAAAAUAUCCCAAGAAAUAACAGUGACAGAAAGAAAAAGACAUAAAGGCUGACAGAGAGGGUAACGAAAAAUUUUGAUAGACACUGCACAAGUAAACUUUGACACAUACCAGCAUACAUUUAAUGGUAAAGGCAAAUUGAAAUACCUGCUCUUUCACUGUUGAUUGAGUCAUUACACUGCAUAAUGGUAAGUUGCACUUUUUUGUAUAAACCGCACAGUUUGUAAGAGACAAUGUUACAGGUGGAGAUGCUGGUUAAAAUAUGUUUUUUGUGCUUGUUUUAGUUGGUUGUUUUGGUUAUGUAAUAUAGGUACAUACUGCAGACAGCCAAUUCAAAAAAAGUUAAGAAAUCCUCUGCAGGUACAUAGAUGUAUUUGGUGUCUAUAUUUAACAUGAGACAAUCCAUUUAACACAUGUUGUUAACUGAUGACAGUGAUGAUAACAAACUGUAUGUUUUUUGUGACUAAUAAAACAUAUUUGCUCA